UGUAGUAAUUCACUGUCAUACAAGAAAAAGUUUGUUGCUCCAGCAUUUAGCAAGCAGCAAAAUGGUAGAUCUGGAACGAGGCGGUGUUUUGUGAAGGAGCUAGUGACUUACAUGGUUAUGGACGAUUUGGUGGUAGACCUAGGGAUCAAUGAG